AUGCAUGUUUCGGAGGCAUCAGCCCCGCAUCUUCACUUGCGCAAUGACCCGGUCAACAGCUCAGCCGACGAUGGCCAAGCAAAGUUGAGCAAUGCCACGCCCCAGUUUCACGUGGCUGCGUCAGUCGAAUCGGGCCCAGUGCUUCCAGACACUAUCGCUCCGAAUGGGGCGUUAGCGGACACGACACACGAGAACGUCACGUCGAGAUGUACACGUCUUCGGUCAUACAGCUCAGACGAGACACCAGUUGUCGUUGAAACCAAAUCGACGAUUGCGAAAUUGCAGCCCUGUUACAGCUGUGGCGAAAUCGGAACUGGCAACCACUUGAAGGUUCCAAGCACGCCUCACCGCCGGCGUGACUCCUUCCACAAGUCAUCGGCAUCGAGCGAAGGCGACAAUGACUCCGAGCUUGAGGAGCACGAUCUCGAGCAAUCGUUUGCCUCACUUCGCGUCGCCGAGGGUUGUCAAGAAUUGCAAAGCAAACUAUUUGAGGCUCUACAACGGACGUGGAACCCCAAUGGCCAUGACCAAGAGUUUCUCCCGAAAGGCGAGCUUUAUCGCCUCAUCAAUACAGAAACAGUCGCGCAAGUUCUGAAAAAAGACCUCUCACGCAUACACACUCACGAACGCAUUCGACUACUCGCUCAACGCGUCUGUAGCGAGACACGUGUCUUACACAGAGGAAAGGAGAAGAUCAAAACUUUUCGAAAGAUCUUUGCUUUACUUGUCAUCGCCGAGUACACAUCGUCAAUCUCACUGUUCCUUGAUGAAGACGUAAGCGAUCUCGAUCUCCCUCUGAUUUCAACCAAGACAUCGAAGGGGAAGAAAGGAUUUUGUCGCAGGGAUACAUCAGGAAAGCCAAUAAACACUCCUCUCGAGUGCUUCCAGCACGAUGAUUGGUCCUCCAUCAAGGUUCGUAACUUCGAACAAUUCCAAUGGGAUUUCUUAGCACCCUUUUUCGCCCGAGAUGAUGAUGGAGAUGUCAAGCACUACGUGCUAGAUAACCAGCAUAUCUUGCCCUUCAUCCCACCACACAAUACCGAAGAUGAAGAUGCGGAUAGGACAGGGGGCUUCGGCAAAGUUUUCAUGGUCCGUAUACACGGCGAUCACCACAACUUCCGGGAUGAGAGGCUAUCUCACAGAGGUUUCGCUAUCAAGCAACAACUGCAUGAGAUGGACCGUGAUGCAUUCAAGAAGGAAAUAAUCAUUCUGAAGUCCUUCAGUGAGAACAUCGAUCAGCAAACCGCCGGACCAGAUGCUGAUGAUCACAUGAUGGACCCUUAUCUGGAUAGAGUGCAGUCUUCUGACUCUUUUGAACGGCCAGCCAGCCCUGUUGUGUCUGAUCGACCAUUGUGGCGGUCGAUACAGCCCAGUGACGUCGAGCAGCUCAACAGUAGGCAACCUAUGUUACUGGAACACGCGGAUCUAGGAGUUCGACCCCUGGACAGCAACACUGGUAGUGUUGGAGCCAUGAAGCAUGCCCGGAAGCAAGUCGAUUUUGAUAAGACGUCGCACUUCCCUCGUCAGCAAAUGCACGAGAAGAAAUUUGGCCGUCAUGGAGAUAUCAAUCCUGGUAACAUACUCUGGUACGAUGACUGUGACGUUGAGAAAGCGGAUCUGAAGGGCACCAUGAAGUUAGCCGACUUUGGGCAAGCAGAACUCAACACCCUGCUGAGUCGGACGCAACCUCGUGAUGUUGCUAACACCCUGACCUAUCGUCCGCCUGAAUGCGAUCUUCAGCCCAAAAUCGUUCGCCAGUCAUAUGACAUCUGGUGUCUAGGCUGUGUGUACCUCGAAUUUGUAACAUGGGUACUUGGUGGAAAGUCGCUACUACUAAGUUUCUCUCAGAAACGGAGUACUCCGGACAUGUUUCAAAACAAUCACAAGUCGGAUACAUUCUUCCAAGUAGUGAGAGAUCAAGAAACUGGCCAACCGGAAGUCAUGAUCAAGAAAGCUGUCACAUUGGUAUGCCGAUCGUCUCUUCUACCGCUGUUUCGAUAG